AGCCUUUCCACGAACAUUACGCAAAAAAUAAUUGAACACCGCUUCCCACAACUGUAGGCCCCCCAACCCCGCCAAAAAACCCCUCAAUAAUGGAGCAAAAAUUCCCCAAACAAUCCUCAAAUCCCCGAGUGUCCGCGAGUGUGAAAAUCGAUCAGCUGUGAUCCGUGUGUCCCCCCCCGAAUACCUUCUCAAAUUCUCACGUCGAAAUAGCCUCCAAAUUUCCUCAGAAUGAUAUUCCAGAGGUUAACGACAGGUCUACGACAAUUUGCUAGAGUCGCUAUGCAGAAGCCGGAGGUGAUAUUUGUGCUCGGGGGGCCGGGCUCUGGUAAAGGCACAACUUGUGCUAAAAUCGUUGAUAAAACUGGAUAUGUGCACUUGUCUGCGGGCGAUCUCCUCCGUGAGGAGCGGGCCAAACCCGGCUCGGAAUUUGGGGAACUCAUCGAGGGACACAUCAGGAAUGGCACCAUCGUACCGGUUGCAAUAACUUGCAGUCUCAUUGAUCGGGCUAUCCAGACGUCUAGUCCUCAGAAGAAGUUUCUCAUUGAUGGCUUCCCGAGGAACCAGGAUAACCUGGAUGGCUGGACAAAAGAAAUGUCCGAUAAGGCUAUUGUAAAAGGAGCGAUUUAUCUGGAGUGCAGUGCCGACGUGUGCACCCAACGCUGCUUGAAUCGUGGCCUCAAGGGUAGUGGUAGGAGUGACGACAACAUGGAGUCACUUAUCAAGCGACAUGAAACCUUCAUCAAGGACACAAUGCCAAUGGUCGAGCAUUUUAAGAAGCUCGGAUUGCUCUAUCGAUUCGACUCCGAGAAAUCCCCGGACGAGGUAUUCGCCGAUGUCUUCGAGAAGCUGAAGGAAAUCAGCUGGGUCGACAAACAAUGAGCUCACCACGACUGACGAUUUCAAUGGGGUAUUAAUUAUACAUUAGAUAAUUGUUCAAACAAUCAUGUAGAAUUUUCUUUACAUUUUAUUUCUUUUUGUGGAAUUUUUUAUUGAGCCUGUAUCAUGUUUCGGCUAGUGAACUCCUGACGGUAAGCAAUAUUUUUGAGGUACUUACAAACAUUCCUUGUUCAGAGGCGCUAAACUCAAAUGCAGAGAUGACAUUUUUUAGUCAAUAUCAAUGAAAAUCGCGGAGACGAUUAAUGUAUUACGAUCAUGUUUGAAGAGCGAGGGGAACAGUUGAUGAUUAUUGUAAUGGAACAUGCAGUUGCAAUGUGAAAUAUAUAUUUGUGGCAUUGAGAAA